AGGAGGCAUUAGGGUGCAACCAUGGGCUGUUUUCCCUUCAGUGUAUGCUGAGGAAGCUACAGGAGAAAGUGCACUAUGAGGCUAGAGAUGGUUGGAUACAUAAUCUUUGUUCUGCUUUUAGUAUUUGUGAAUGAUGUCGCCGGUAAACCUAUCCCUAUCACAUGUGGAAGUCGCACCCUGAUCGAGAAACGAUAUAGCUCCCGCAUUGUUGGUGGAAAUGAAGCAUUUCCUGGCUCGUGGCCGUGGUUAGUUAGUAUCCAACGACGGAACCUCUUUAUCUUUUACCAACAUUUCUGUGGAGGCUCCAUCCUUAACGUAAAGUGGGUUAUAACAGCUGCCCACUGCUUCAAGGAUAAAGGGAAAGAUGUCUCCUCUUUGAGGCUAGUGUUUGGAGCCCACCAGUUAUCAAAAUUGGGCCCAAAUGUGCAGAUUCGUCGUGUAUCGAAAAUGAUCGAACAUCAGAAGUACUCUGCAAAAACUGCAAGUAAUGAUAUCGCCUUACUACGUGUAGAUCAGCCUAUAUCAUUCAAUGAAUUCAUUCAGCCAGCAUGUCUGCCAAUAAAAUCCAGAGACAUUAAACCCAUGAGUGACUGCUACAUUGCCGGUUGGGGAGUCUUGAAGGAGAAAGCCACCCACCAAUCAGAUGUCCUACAGGAGGCUCGCACUACGAUGAUUGCUAAUAAAGUCUGCAACAGCCGCAAUUGGUACAAUGGUGCAGUGGGAAUACACAACAUAUGUGGAGGCUAUGAACGCGGAGGCAUUGACAGCUGCCAGGGUGACAGCGGAGGACCUUUAAUGUGUAAAGAACCUAGCUCUAAAUUCUUCUCGGUGGUGGGAAUAACAAGCUGGGGAACUGGCUGUGGACGAGAAAGAAAACCAGGGGUCUACACCUCCACUCAACACUACCUGGACUGGAUCCGUGACAAAAUCGCACAAAAGAUAUGAUGUGAGAGGGCAUGGCUAUCUGACUAAGAUGGCAGACGUAGAAAAGGUAUGAGUGAAGAAGAU